AGCAACCAGGUCGCCCUGCUACAAAUCCCGACCUAUUAACUCGUCAUUUCUCCCUGCUUUGGAACGUCAGCGAAUGGUAUGUAAAUGAUGCUUCCAAUAACCAUGUCAUCCUAGACCGAAAACUGGACAACAACGGCAUCGCGGAAACGCACCUCAAGAAUAAGAAGGUGAAGCGUUCUUGGUGUGGAAGGAGCACAAUAGUACUUCUCUACACCGCCGGGGGAAAUGUUGCUCCGGCGAGGUUGGCUUUUGAUCAAUGAAAAUCUUUUAGAAAAAAUGAAGUAAUUGAGCUAGAUCAGAUUUAUGAAGGCAUAUUGUGGAUAACGCUCAAAGAUUCAACGAGAGCGGAACAACAUAACUUUGGUAUGUGCGACUUUCCCCCAGAUUCUAGCAGUGCCAUCGGCAGUGGAUCAUAAGUUUCUUCUUGUAAUAACAGCAUGUUGAAUUGGUGCGGCUAUCCUCUGUGGAAGAUCUUACUCUUGAGCUCUGUGUCUGUAGUCAUGAUGAACGUGUACCUCGCAUUGCGCGUUAUCAAGCUCACUCAGAAUGAAGGUAGAUUGUUAACUGUUCUACAAGCUUCGCAGCAGUCAUACAGAUUGAGGAUGUCUGAAACAGAUCAGAGUCUUGACUUGUCGCCACCGCCAGGAGCUUCACCACACAAAACAUCAGCUAGCACAGGCAACUCUAGUUUUGCAAAUGACGGCAUCAUCAAUCUAUGUCCUGAGAUGCCACCAAACUUAGUUGGUGCGUUGGUUGUGAAUAUGGAACCAGUACCAUUCCAGGACAUCGAAAGGCAGCAUCCACAAAUCAAGCCUGGAGGUAGAUUUCAACCUCCGAAUUGUAAGUCCCGGCACCACGUGGCCAUCAUCGUGCCUUACCGCGACCGAGAGUCCCACUUGAAGGUCCUCCUGAACAACCUGCACCCCAUGCUGGAACGACAGCAACUGGACUACACCAUCUAUGUGGUAGAAAUGGCCAUGCCCACGAGCUUUAACAGAGCCACCCUGAUGAACAUAGGCUACAUAGAAUCAUUAAAGGACUUUGACUUCCAGUGCUUCAUCUUCCACGAUGUAGAUUUUAUUGCCGAGAAUGACAAUAACAUGUAUACAUGCAGAGAGACGCCAAGGCACAUGGCAUCAGCUAUCGACAAGCACAAUUACAAGCUUCCGUACUCAACCGCAUUAGGAGGGGUUGUAUCUCUGACAAAGGAACACAUGAUCGCGGUGAAUGGCUGGUCCAAUAUGUACUUUGGAUGGGGCAGUGAAGAUGAUGAUUUGCGUAUUAGAAUAUACAGUAAGGGCUUGAGAGUGCUUCGACCGUCACCUGAAGUGGGUCGAUAUAAGAUGAUAAAACAUCAGCGUGAUUCAACAAAUCAAGACAACACAGGACGAGGAAAGCUGGUAAAAAGUGUAAGACAAAGGAUGAAGACAGAUGGCCUGAAUUCAGUCAAGUACGAACUGUUGAAAAAGGAAUACAGGAAAUUGUAUACCUAUAUUUACGUGCGAGUCAAGGAAGAGGAACUGAUGGUAUAAGUUUGGAAAACUGUGAAAAUGCAUGACAUACCUUUGAUUCGCUACAGUUUUAAGGUACACGUUUAAUCAUUGCAAAGUGUUCCAUGAUUGUGAAAAGACUGACUACAGAUGGAAUCUUUCUUCAAAAGUGGGCGGUCGGAUAGCCUAGUGGUUAAAGCGUUCGCUCGUCACGCCGAAGACCCGGGUUCGAUUCCCGACAGGGGUACAAUUUGUGAAGCCCAUUUCUGGUGUCCCCCGCCGUGAUAUUGCUAGAAUAUUGCUAAAAGCGGCGUAAAACCAUACUCACUGACUCACUCACUUUCUUCAAAACAAGUCGAUAAUUGUUGAUUGUUUCUUACGAAUGUUUUACUUCACGCCAGACAGAUAUCUGGUAGCAAUAAAAGCAUUACACGUACUCCGAACAUCGACACAAUUUAGACGUAAAUGUCAGGAUUUUCAUGUCAGAGGUGAUGAUGAUAAUCACCUAUUUAAGCUAUCUCUAUUAUUUGGCUUAUAUUUCGCAAGAGGACAGUCCGUUUGUGAACUA